UUGUUUUCUUCCUCCCCUACAGGACGGUGGCAGCUGAAGUAAGGAAGCAGGUGUCCCGAGAAUAUGGUAAUUCCCCUCAGCUUUCCAAGAAGCGGGGUGGGCCCCCACAGUCGGUGCCUCUGACAGAAGUGGUGGAGCCCGUAGACUUUGAGGAGUACCUUGACAGCCACGUGCCAGAUGCUGAGCCCGGUCCACUUCGUGAUCUGGUUGAAUUUCCCACAGAUGACCUGGAGGUGAUUCACCAAACACGGGACUGUCGAACACUGGAACCUGGCAUCCCUGAAGAUGAGAAGCAGGAUGCUCGCGUACGAGACGCUGUACAAGUCUACACAGAAGACUGGGUCAUGGUCCAAAGAAAGUACCAAAGGCUGAGCACCAUGUACAAUGCUAUUACGGCCGAGAGGCAAAGGGAGAGGCAGAAGGGGCUGCCUAGGCAAGUCUUUGAACUUGAUGAAGUAGCUGAAGAGCGGAGCAGUCAGGGGGAUUCGGAUGACCUGAAGCGCUGCUCCACCUCCCUCGAUGAUACACCCCGUGGCAGCUGGGCCUCCAGCAUCUUUGACUUGAAGAACUCAGCGGCCGACUUCUUGUUGCGCUCUCUCUUGGUGCGCACUGCCAUUGAAGAGACUGACCGCACAAAUGAGGAGCUGCGCAAGAAGAACCGGCACAGUGAAAUCCUGGCCCUUUACCCGGCCCCAGAUGAGGAUGAGGCAGUAGAACGCUGUAGCAUCCCAGAAGUUCCCAAGGAGCACUUUGGUCAGAGGAUCCUGGUGAAGUGUUUGUCUCUGAAGUUUGAGAUCGAAAUCGAACCGAUCUUUGGAUCGCUAGCGCUUUACGAUGUGAAGGAGAAGAAGAAGAUCUCUGAAAACUUCUAUUUUGACCUCAAUUCGGAGCACAUGAAGGGGCUUCUGCGAGCGCACAGUGCCCACCCUGCUAUCUCCACGCUGGCUCGUUCGGCCAUCUUCUCCCUCACACAUCCUUCUCCAGAUAUAUUCUUAGUGAUCAAGCUGGAGAAGGUGCUGCAGCAAGGGGACAUCAGUGAAUGCUGUGAGCCAUACAUGGUCAUGAAGGAGACCGAUGCUCUGAAGAAUAAAGAGAAGCUGGAGAAGCUGCGGGUGGCAGGAGAGCAGUUCUGCACCCGUCUGGGAAGGUAUCGCAUGCCAUUUGCCUGGACUGCCAUCCACCUCGUGAAUAUAAUCAACAGCACUGGGAUGCUUGAGAGGGAUGCUUCUGACUCGGAGAGUGACCGCAAGGGAACCUGGAAUGAGCGCAAAAGGAAAACAUACGAGCGCAUGAGUGUUGGGGAGGAGAUGUGCAGCUUCAGCAACUUCCGCCCAGCUACCCUCACCGUCACCAACUUCUUCAAGCAGGAAGGUGAUCGCCUCAGUGAUGAGGACCUAUACAAGUUCCUGGCAGACAUGAGGCGGCCAUCAUCUGUCCUAAGAAGGCUCCGACCAGUCACAGCCCAGCUCAAGAUCGACAUUUCUCCUGUGCCGGAGAACCCCCAUUACUGCCUGUCGCCGGAACUUCUGCAUGUGCUGCCCUAUCCUGACCUCCGAGUCCGACCCACCAAGGAGAUCCUAGAGUUUCCAGUCAAGGAAGUCUACACACCGCACACAACGUACAGGAACCUGCUGUAUGUUUACCCCCAAAGCCUGAACUUCAGCAGUCGGCAAGGUUCAGUGCGGAACAUCGCGGUGAAGCUCCAGUUCAUGGCUGGAGAGGACCCUGGCCAAGCCAUGCCAGUCAUCUUUGGGAAAUCGAGUUGCAGUGACUUUGCAAAAGAAGCUUACACAGCUGUUGUAUACCAUAACAAGUCCCCUGAGUUUUACGAGGAGUUCAAGCUAAAGAUCCCGGCCAACCUGACGGACAACCACCACCUGCUCUUUACCUUUUACCAUAUCAGCUGUCAGCAGAAGCAAAAUACGCCUUUGGAGACCCCAGUUGGCUACACAUGGAUCCCCCUCAUGCAACAUGGCCGGCUGAGAACAGGACAAUUUUGUCUGCCUGUGUCUGUUGACAAGCCUCCUCCCAGCUACUCGGUACUCACCCCUGAUGUACAGCUGCCUGGCAUGAAGUGGGUGGAUAACCACAAGGGGGUCUUCAAUGUGGAGGUGCUGGCAGUGUCUUCUGUCCAUACUCAGGACCCAUUUCUGGACAAGUUCUUCACCUUGAUCCAUGUGCUGGAAGAAUACACUUUUCCCUUCCGCCUAAAAGACGUAAUCCUCACAGAAAACAACAUGGAUUCUGAGCUGAAAUCCAGUGUGGGCAACCUGCGGGUGGCUAGCUUGGAGUCCCUGGUUGUCUUUAGCCACCAGAUUCUCAACAAGCUCAUACAACUCAUUGUGUACCCACCUGUUAUCGCAGGGCAGAUUGUGAACCUGGGCCGUGCUGCCUUUGAAGCCAUGGCCGUGAUGGUGAACCAGAUCCACAAGAACCUUGACAGCAGCCAGGACCAGCAUGGCCACAACCAUCUGCUGGCCUCUUACAUCUUCUACGUUUUCCGUCUGCCUGUGGCAGAGCCAGGCUUACCAGAGACUGGAAUGCCACCCCACAGUGGCCCCAUCCAGUACGCCACCUUGUCCCGCACAACUGGGCGCCCUGUCAGCCUGAAUCUCUCUCGCUCCAAAAGCAUCAGCAACAGCAACCCUGACCUGACCACCACACCAAACUCCCCAGAUGAAGAGGUUCAGAAGAUUGUUGGCAGCAAGGGGAUUGACCGCUCUCACUCCUGGGUCAACUCAGCAUAUGCCCCCGGAGGCCCAAAGUCUGUGCUUCGUAGGAACCAUCCGAACUCCAGCAUGGAUCUGAAGCAGGCUGCGGAGCGAGCACCUAAUCGUAUCUCCUCCUAUCUUGAGAACUCCACUUUUCCUCCGGCCACCCCGAUGAGAUCAACAACCAAAAAGCUUCUUCAUGAAGAACUGGCCCUGCAGUGGGUGGUGAGCACCAGUUCCGUGCGGGAAGCUGCCUUGCAUCAAGCCUGGUUCUUCUUCCAGUUGAUGGUGAAGAGCAUGGCACACCAUCUCUUCUUGUGUGACAAGCUGGAGGCACCUCGCAAGCUGCGUUUCCCUGGCCGUUUUGUUGAUGACAUCUCAGCCCUGGUGUGCACCGUCAGUGCCGAAAUCGCCAGCCGUUGCCAGAAGGAUAUUGAGCUGGUGGAACGUCUCAACAGCAGCCUGGCCUUUUUCCUCAAUGACCUACUAUCCCUCAUGGAUCGCGGCUUUGUCUUCAACCUCCUGCGUUCUUACUACAAGCAGAUCAAUAACAGGCUGCUGACCACCCAGAACCCCAAUGCCCUCAUUGCUCUGAGGAUGGACUUCAUCCGUAUCAUCUGCAGCCAUGAGCAUUACGUCACUCUGAACCUGCCCUGCAGUGGCCUCUCCCCACCUGCUUCCCCUUCCCCCUCCGUUUCUUCAGCAACCUCCCAGGGCUCAGCCUUCUCCAGCCACACACAGGACCAACGAGUGGCCAGCAUGUUUGAGCUGUCGGUGGCCUUUCGGCAGCAGCACUUCCUGGCAGGGCUGGUGCUGAUGGAGCUGGCUCUCAUCCUGGAGCCGGAUGCAGAGGGAGCCUUCUUCUUGCACAAGAAGGCAAUCAGCACUCUUCACAACCUGCUGUGCAGCCACGACUCGGACCCUCGCUACAUGGACCGUUCGGUACGGGAGCACGUGGCUCAGUUGUACUUGCCUCUGAUUGGCAUCGUCAUGGACGCCCUGCCCCAGCUCUACGACUUCACAGAGAACCUCAGCCAGCGAGGGCGGCUGGCCUCUGUGACAGUUGAGGACGGCGAUGGGGAUGGCAGCACCAUUAGCCAGUCAGUUGCCAUGGCCAUUGCUGGCUCUCCCUUGCCCCACGCUCAUCGGUCCACUGUCUUCCAAAUGCCAUCAGUGCCACCACGCCAGUAUAGCAUGCUGUCAGCUGAAGCAAGUCGCAACCUGCUGGUGUGUCUCCUGUGGGUACUGAAGAAUGCGGAUGGAGCUGUGCUGCAUCGCUGGCUUGCUGACCUCUCUGCUUUGCAUGUGAACCGUCUCCUUGACCUGCUCUACCUCUGUGUCUCUUGCUUCGAGUAUAAGGGCAAGAAGGCCUUUGAGCGCAUCAACAGCCUGACCUUCAAGAAGUCUCUGGACAUGAAAGCACGACUGGAGGAAGCCAUCCUGGGCACUAUUGGGGCACGCCAGGAGAUGGUGCGACGCAGCCGAGAGCGGAGUCCAUUUGGAAACCAAGAAAAUGUUCGCUGGAGGAAGAAUAUUGCCCAUUGGAGGCAGAAUUCGGACAAGGUGGACAAAUCCAAGGAAGAGAUGGAACAUGAGGCUCUGGUGGAUGGGAAUAUGGCCACAGAAGCCAACAUGGUGGUGCUGGACACCCUAGAAAUCAUUGUGCAGACUGUGAUCUUAUCGGAAGCCAAGGAGAGUGUCCUUGGCGGGGUGCUGAGGGUGCUUCUGCACACAAUGGGCUGCACUCCCAGUGCAGCUUUCUUGCAACACUGCUUUGCUACCCAGAGGGCGCUAGUCAGCAAGUUUCCCGAAAUGCUUUUCGAGGAGGACACAGAACUGUGUGCUGACCUGUGUCUGCGCCUUCUCCGCCAUUGCAGUAGCAAGGUGGGCAUCAUCCGCACCCAUGCAAGCACCUCGCUGUACCUUCUCAUGCGACAGAACUUCGAGAUUGGCAACGAUUUGAAUAAUCUUUCUGGCUUGCCCUGCCUUGCUGACUCCUGCCGCGUCUCUCUUGCACAGAACUUUGCCCGAGUGAAGAUGCAAGUCACCAUGUCACUCUCCUCGCUUGUGGGGACGUCACAGAACUUCAAUGAGGAGCACUUGCGGCGCUCAUUGAAGACCAUCCUGACCUAUGCCGAGGAAGACCCGGAGCUGCGAGAAACCACAUUUGCUGAGCAGGUUCAAGACCUCGUCUUCAACCUCCACAUGAUCUUGACAGACACAGUAAAGAUGAAGGAACAUCAGGAGGACCCGGAGAUGUUGAUAGACCUGAUGUACAGGAUAGCCAAGGGGUACCAGACAUCACCGGAUCUGAGGCUGACCUGGCUGCAGAACAUGGCAGCGAAGCACUCUGAGCGUGGGAACCAUGCAGAGGCCGCUCAGUGUCUGGUGCACUCCGCUGCCCUGGUAGCCGAGUACCUGAGUAUGCUGGAGGACUGCCGCUACCUACCUGUGGGCUGUGUCACUUUCCAGAACAUCUCUUCCAACGUGCUGGAAGAAUCUGCUGUCUCGGAUGACGUCCUGUCCCCUGAUGAAGAGGGCAUCUGCUCUGGAAAGUACUUCACUGAGCAAGGGCUGGUUGGGUUGCUCGAGCAGGCGGCUUCCUCCUUUACUAUGGGUGGGCUUUAUGAGGCUGUCAACGAGGUCUACAAGAUCCUCAUCCCCAUCCAUGAAGCCAACCGCGACUUCAAGAAGUUGGCAGUGCUGCAUGGCAAGCUUCAGGAUGCCUUCAGCAAGAUAACCAGCCAAGCCUCUGGCUGGGAGAGAAUGUUUGGAACGUAUUUCCGAGUUGGUUUUUAUGGCUGCAAGUUUGGGGAUUUGGAUGAACAAGAGUUUGUUUACAAGGAACCCUCCAUCACCAAGCUGGCUGAGAUCUCUCACCGGCUUGAGGAGUUUUAUACUGAGCGCUUUGGGCAUGAAAUGGUAGAAAUCAUCAAAGGUUCCAACCCUGUGGACAAAGCCAAGCUGGAUCCUAACAAGGCAUACAUCCAGUUGACUUACGUGGAGCCGUUCUUCGACACGUAUGAGCUGAAGGAUCGUGUCACAUACUUUGACAAGAACUACAACCUGCGCACUUUCAUGUUCUGUACUCCCUUCACGCUGGACGGGCGAGCGCACGGCGACCUGCACGAGCAGUUCAAGCGCAAGACUCUGCUCACCACCUCCCACGCUUUCCCCUACAUCAAGACCCGCAUCAAUGUCAUCCACAAGGAGGAGAUUAUUCUCAUUCCCAUAGAGGUGGCCAUAGAGGACAUGCAGAAGAAGACCCAGGAGCUGGCCUUUGCCACCCACCAAGAUCCACCUGAUGCCAAGAUGUUGCAGAUGGUGCUGCAAGGAUGUGUUGGCACCAUAGUCAACCAGGGACCUCUGGAGGUGGCGCAGGUAUUUUUGGCUGAGAUCCCCGAAGACCCCAAGCUCUACCGACACCACAAUAAGCUGAGGCUCUGCUUCAAGGACUUCACCAAGAGGUGUGAAGACGCCCUUCGCAAGAACAAGACGCUGAUUGGACCAGACCAGCGGGAGUUUCUCCGAGAGCUGGAGAGGAAUUACCAGCGCCUCAAGGAAGCCCUGCACCCGCUUCUCAACCGCAAGAUCCCUCAACUCUACACCCCUCUGGCCCCCCAUUCUGCACACAGAAACUCCUUCAGCAGACUGAGUUUGCGGAAGACUGAAGCCUAGAAAGGGAAGCCCCCACUGGAACGGACCACCUGAAAAACCGCAGGGACCAUUCGCAGGAGGGAACUACUGAGCCUUGCAUCCCCCAGGGUUGCCGCCAAGCAGGAAGUCAGGCUGCUUGCUCUGUUCUGGGAGGCCAACGCCGAGACUUGGAGUACCCUCCUGUGUCAUUCCAGGCUCUCUCCAGGAUGUGGGCCAGUCGGACACUUCAAGAGGAAGGAGACAUCUCUGUGGGAGCUGGCGGUGGGAGUGAUCUGGCUCCCACAUUUGUGCAGCUCAGGGCUGUGCCCCACCCUCAGGAAGCCUUGCAGUCCACAGCUUUCUCGAUGAAGCACCCCAGCUGUGAGACCAUCUGCAGAUCCUCUUCCCUAAUGAACUGAAGAUUUGCUUUUGCUCGCAUGGGCCUUUGACUUCCACAAAGAAUAGCCAGAUUUGAAACUCUGGGUAUGGUUGCAGUUGGAGGCCCACCCACUGUGGAUUCUGUUUUGUCUUCUGUCUUGACAGCUGGGCUCAGCCCAAAAACUUAGCUUUCUCCCUUUCUCCUGAUCUGUUUUUGACACUCCCCUUUUUGGCUACCAACCCCUUAGAUUUGCCAGCUAUUUGUUCAUAAAUCAGCAAGAAUGACAGGACCAAGUUCUUGUUCCCAUUCCUGACUGGAGAGGGUGGGGAGAAGAGAGAGAGGCAGUGGUCUCUGAGGUUGAGUUAGGGGGCUGAAACCUAGGACACCUGGGUUCGCUUCCUCACCUUCAGAGGUGAACAAGUCCUCUUGCACUAAGAGCUUGAUAUGUCCACCCAUUGCUUGGGCUGAAACCCAGGAGUCCUGACUCCAUACUUCCUCGUCUCUUCUGUCCACCCCCUUCCCAGGAGAUCCUGACUGCCUGUUUUUAUGUAGCUGGUCACCAAGUGAUGGCCUUCUGCCAACUGCCUUCUGGGACCCUCAGCUUCCUCACUUGCAGCACGGGCCAAAGACCCUUCCCUAUUUCACAUGCCUCUUGCUAUACCCUUUCCGAGGCAGGGGCUAGUAUUUGCACGCACACUUGAUCACAGCAGUGCCUUCUAGAGUGAGCAGAGGAGUUCUGUUCCCCUCCUUCCGCCCCCAAAAUGCCAAGGGGGAGGGGCUGUGUGUGCAUUUGUUCGUUAAGAGGAUGAAUGAACUGUGAGCAUCCCUCACCUUCGUCAGUGCCUCUUCCCCACCUUCCCAAGCAAGCGGUAGUGAAGGAAAAUCACCGCUGCAGGCUCGAGUUGAGUUUAGACUUUGAUCUCACUCCUAUAGGAAUGAACAUCCUUCUCCUGGGGGAGUAGUGAUUAGCCCCUGCCCAUAGUGGCAGAGCAAAGUGUAUUUGGGAGAAAUGAGUGUAUUCUGCUUUCUUUAAUAGGGCAUGAUUUGAGGAUCGAGGGCAACGGCAAAAUGCUCUUGUGUUUUUACUACUGGAGAGAGUAAAUCCAGAUUUACUUGAAAGCAAUGAGGAGCAUUUCAUCCACAUAUAUAGGAUUAAUUCAGAUGAUAUUUCUGUAUGGACUCCCUUGAUUUGGACUGAGUAUUUUUUUUCCUUUGCUCAGUUUAGCAUCAUUUUUGGCGAAAGCAAAACAAGCUAGAACAAACAGAUUUGUGUAAGCGGUGCUGAUUCGGUUCCAAGUUUCUCCUUUUUGGUUUUCGUAGAUUCGUACAGGCACUGGACCAAUCCAACAGGUGAAACUUCCCACUGUUUCUCUCCCUUGCUCGGUAACCCCCUUCACAUAACCACCCAAAGACCUUUUUAAAAAAAAUAAUAAUUAAAGGUUGGUGCUCUUUCCUAACAGUGGAAGACAAAAGGAGCUAAGUGCUGGAGUUCAGUUGCUUACUUAUAACCAAAGCUGCAACAGUUCGGAUUCAAAAUGUCACGUUCUCGUGUUUAAGAAAUAUCCUUCUCUCUGGAUCAUAGUUCCACUCCUCUUACCUUGCUCCAGGCCAGAUAUUCUGGACAUGGUAAAUGCUACAUUUGUGCUAUGGCCAGGCCAGUGGUAGGCAGCUGAGAUUUGAUUUCUGUAUGUCUUGCUCCUUGGUGGAGAAGUUUGUAAACAUUUUAUUUAUAAUGCCAUUAAACAAAAUCCAAAGAG